AUGGUUAAACUCGAAGAAGUCGUUGACGAAACUGAAGUACAAACCCAGGGUCAAAAUGUUAGUGAUAAGGAAAAGUACAUUUACGCUGAGGAAGACGUUGAAGAAUCGGAUUCUGAUGAAUCUGACUUCGAGGGACUUGAAGAUGAAACCAUGUUCGACCGUAUCACUGCUUUGAAGGAAGUUAUUCCCGUUACUUGGCGCGUCAAGAUCGCUGACAGUGCCAAGUGCGCUGUUUCUGGCGUUUCUCGUCUUUCUAGCUUUGGAGGAAAGUCUCUGUGGGUUCUUUCCACCUCUGCCCUUCUUUUAGGUGUUCCCUUUAUGAUGUCCGUAGAGGACGAAGCUCAACUUUCUGAAUACGAGAAACAAUUGAAGGACCAACGUGGUGCUAACGAGGUGAUUGCUCCUGGAGCUACUAGCAAUGCUCUUCCCCAAUAA